AUGACUGCUGAUGAUGCUAUGCAAUCAGACGCCCUGAUCCAAGGUCAGUGCAUUAUCAAAGGUCGAUUUCUAACUGUACUGUAUGACUCGGGUGCAUCGCAUUCCUUUGUUUCUUUAACUGUUGCUCGUGAGUUGGGACUAGAUUUCUCUGAGUUGAACUUUGAUCUAAUUGUCCAUACACCUGCGUCCCAAAAUGCUUUGACUAGUUUAGUGUGCCUGCAAGUACCAUUCACUAUUAGGAACAGAACUUUUAUACAUGAUCUAAUCUGUUUGCCUCUAUGUGGUUUAGAAGUUAUUCUAGGGUUAGAUUGGUUAUCUAAGUAUCAUGUUUUCCUUGAUUGCUAUGAAAGAACUACUAUUAUUCCGUCUGAUAGUUUAGAUAUUAAACCAUUUCUGUCUCAUACUUUAUAUCUGAAUUCUGUAAGAGUUGCAUUAGACGGGAGUGAUUGUGAGGGGUACGUUCUGUUAGCGGCUAGCUCGAAUGAUAGUGAACUAAGCCUAGAAUGA